UUCCUUCGUUUUGGCGUAAUGUUGGGAAUUAAAAAUGAAGUAUUACAACAAAAUAAAAAUUUAUCGGGAGAAGAAAGGAGUAAUAAUUCAGCAAAUAUUUCUUCUAUUGGAGGUGUUAAUAUUCCAAAUCAAAUUUUAUUAUUAAAUAAAAAUGGAGCCGCAAAUUGA